CUUGAGCUUGGCGAGGUCCGUGCUGGACGGAGUCUUGAGAAGAGCUGGUUCCACCGUCGCCGACGAGGUCGCGCGCCUCAUCGGCGUGCCGAAGGAGGUGGAGUUCAUCCGCAACGAGCUGGAGAUGAUGCAGUCCUUACUCAAGGUGGCCUCGGCCCACCCCGAAGCCGCUGGGCGCACCGACACCGUCAGGACGUGGGUGAAGCAGGUGCGCGACCUCGCGUACGACGUCGAGGACUGCCUCCUCGACUUCGCUCUGUACGCGGCCAGGACGUCGUCGUCGCGGACCGGCUCCUGGCGCCCCGGCGCCCUCGCCGAGCGCCACCGCAUCGCCGACCGGAUCCGGGACCUCAAGGCCAGCGUCGAGGAGCUGAACCAGCGCAACCUGCGGUACCACAUCAUCGUCGACCUCCCCGCGGCCCGUGCAGAGGAGCAGGCUGCUGUGCUUCCCGACCACGAUGUGCACUCAGCCGAGCUCGCGUUCCAGGAGUCCGAUAUCAUCGGCCGGCGCAACGAGAAGGCUAAGCUGACGAAGCUGAUCUCAGGAGCGGAGCCAGAAAUUAUCCAUGAGAGGGACCACGUAGCAACACGUUCAUCAUUAGGGGGGCUAAUAUCAAUUUUUUUGUCUAACUUCAUGGAAAAAAAUUUUGUACUAGCAAGGAGUCCACCUAGCGCCAGGCCCCCUUCCCCCCGCAGCAACGGCGCGCUGCGCGUGGUGUCGGUGUGGGGGAUGGGAGGCAUGGGGAAAUCAUCGCUGGUGCGGAUGGUGCACAACGACCCGGAGCUCCUCGAUGAGUUCGACUGUGGCGCAUGGGUCACCGUGCCGCACCCGCUCGACAACCCCGACGUGUUCAGGCGGCGGCUGAGCAAGGAGCUCGGCGUGGCAAAUGGCCAGGACCUCGGGGUGCACCUGCGGGAGAAACGGUACCGGGUCAUAGUUGACGACCUGCUUAACCGGGAGGAGUGGGAGCAUAUACGGAGAGUUUUUCAGUUCGAAAACAACAAGGGAAGCUGUAUCAUAGUGACGACGCGCCGGGAGGACGUCGCCCUGCACUGCGCGAGGGCGGGGCAUGUGCCGGAGGGACACGAGCUUAUCUACGAGCUGAAACCACUAGGGGAUGCUGAGUCCAUGGAUCUCCUUUGUUCGAAGGUCUACAAAACAACUAAGUACACUUUGCCGGCAGACAUGGCGGAGCAAGCUAGCCAUAUCUUAAGGAGAUGCCAUGUGCUUCCCCUUGCCAUAUCUACAAUAGGAGGUCUCCUCGCCAAUAGACCUAAAACAGGCACAGAAUGGAGGAAUCUGCACGAAUAUCUUAGAGCAGAACUGGAGUCUGACCUAAACAACAUCCCCAAGGUGAUUGUCUCAAGUUAUGAUGGCUUGCCGUAUCACCUGAAGUCGAUCUUCUUGUACCUCAGUAUCUUCCCUGAGAACCAUGAGAUCAAAUGCACCCGCUUGCUGAGGCGGUGGAUGGCAGAAGGCUACAUAACAAAGAAAUGUGACAUGCCUGUGGAGGAUGUAGGAGAGCGUUUCUACAGAGAGCUCAUUAACAAAAGCAUGAUUCAACCUGCCAAGGUCAGCCCUGGAGUUAGAGCUGAUCGCUGCCGGGUUCAUAGCAUGGUGCUCCAAAUCAUCUUGUCCAAGUCCAUCGAGGACAACCAACUAUUCCUCAUCGAGAAGAAGUCCAAUGAGGCACCACAAAGUAAGAUACGUCACCUGGUAGUAUCCAGAUGGAAGAGGAGGGAUGAAAAGCUGCAAAACAUAAACUUAUCAUAUAUCCGAUCGUUGACGAUCUUCGGGGAGUACCCUUCAUCUCUCAUCUCUCCAGAAAUGCAGCUGUUGCGAGUGCUGGACCUGGAGGACACAGUCAAUCUAAAGAAUGAUGACCUCAAGCACAUAGGGGAGCUACAACACUUAAGGUAUUUGUGCCUGUGAGGAACGGAUAUUUCUAAGCUUCCAUCUUCCUUGCAGAACCUUCGAUACCUGGAGACAUUAGAUA